AUUUUCAGUGACGACGGCCUUCUGAAGAUUUAUUCGCAAAACAAAGCGACACCUACAUUACGCGAGCACUCAACACACAGAACUUCCUUUACAUAUCCGCAGUCAUGGAUACCGCCAAGCAGCCCAUCAAGCUCGUCAAGGUCACCCGCGUCCUCGGUCGUACCGGCUCUCGUGGUGGUGUUACCCAGGUGCGCGUUGAAUUUAUGGACGACACCACCCGUUCCAUUAUCCGCAACGUAAAGGGCCCAGUCCGCGAGAACGAUAUCCUCUGCUUGCUCGAGUCUGAACGUGAGGCCCGAAGAUUGAGAUAAGCGUUUGAAAGGAGUGUUGCGUGGAGCUUACAAGUUGUGGAUCGUCUACGGAGCAGGACAUGUCUCAUACCAAUAAAUUUCGGGCGAGAUAUGGCAACUAAGCAUUUUCAUGGCAAUGUGCUAGGAUGGGCGACGAGUCACUUAUCUUGUACUUGAUCAUAAGUUAGGCGUACGGACAACAAAUCUGGAAAUGGACCUUGUAAAGGUCGAUUAUGCGUAACCUCUUCGUCCCGACGAGGGUCUCGAAUCUGCCGAACAUAGUGACGUUAGCUAUUUAUUCGAGACACGCUUAAUUUUUGAUUGCAAAAUCUCCGCAUUUCUUCUCAGUUGACCCUCUUGCUGGAUUUAGAUGCUGCAUUUUCGGAUCGCCAAUUCAAUCGAUGGGUUCGAUGCCUUACACGGCAAAUUUUCUAUUCAUGCCUUGCUUUC